AAUACAGUUGUACCCAAUUUUGUUUAAUUGAAUGGUCAAUGGAAAUGGAAAACUCCCAAGACAUCGUCAAAUGUCGAACUGAAUACAACACAACAUUCACAUUCAUUGUUUGUCUGUCUUAACAAUCCCUUGAAAUCAUAACGGCUUAUAACCGCAUAUACUACAUCGCGACGCCGGAAACCUCUCAACCGCUCCACUGCUCAACAGACAUCCCGCCAUCGCCGUUCCUAUUACACCUGUCGCCUUUCAACUCAACUGUCACCCACCCGCCUUUAAAUCGUCAUCUACAGAUGCGACAACCGGCAGUCGAGUCGUUUCGAGGGCCAGAGUACCGUAGGCAUACCUGUCCGACUUGAUGCCGCCUUCCGAUUAUGAUUCGCAAGAUGGGAGCGGAUCACUCCCUGCUUCCCCCGUAGCCGCCUCUAUCUCAAGAGUCCAGAAAGCCCGACAUACUCUUAACGAUGUCUCGCCGUCGCUCUUCCGCUCCGAAUUCAGCCUCCCUUACCGCCGCUCCCAUCCCUCCGCCGCUUCUCUCUACGCAUCUACUCUGUCGCCUCCCACUUCUCGUUCCCAGUCACCUGUUGGUCGCCCACCCUCCCGAAUAGCCGCCGGUUCUAUAUUCGGUGCAGCCCCGAACAACGGCCUUGCACUCGCUUCUGGCGCAGGGGACACUCCGGGUGAUCCGCUCAACCUCAUUCUGAGGGCAUUUGUACCCCAUGUUGCGGUAUACACAUCCGAAGAUACCGAUAUCUUACUAAAAGAGAAGGGGUUUAACCGUGGUUUGUGGGAGCUCCUCAGACCCUUUGGAGAGCGCGUCCAAGGAAAGGUUAUAAUACGGGACAGCAACGGCUCGAGUAGGACAUACGAGGACUACUCGGUACACUUUGUCCGCUUUGGAGAGGGUAUUGUACACCCGGAACCCGUAACAGCCGGCUUAAGACCUGCAUCUGCCCCGAGGACAAAUGGAGCCUCGGAGAAGUCCAGCGAUCCUAGGAGGGGACAAGGAAUCUCCAUCUCAGAUGUUGAGGCCGUCGUGGAUCGCCACUUGAACUAUGCUGAAGGAUCAUUCUUUAGCUUACCUCAGAGUCCUACAAAUAACGGUCUAGAUAUCGACAUACCCUCGCCGUAUUAUGGCUUAUAUUUACGUCGGUUGCUCUCGGGCCUACCUAUGGUACCGCACGAGACGUUUGCACAUCCGGUUGCUUGCGUAAUAGCAAUAAGCUCGCGGAACCCAACGCCAAUAGAGACCCUCCGGAGAUUAUACAUCGAAUCAAGCACGGGUGAUAGGCGUUUACCCAACUGGGUCGAUGCCGAAUUCUUACGUUAUUACGUUCUCGUUCACGAGGAAGAGAGAGAUGAUAUUACGAGAUCUAUGUCACUUUUUGACCAGAUGAAGCGGAGCCUGGGCCUCCAUUGUCACUUGCUCCGAAUAAGGGGGACCCAAAGUGUGGCUACCGACGACGACAGCAUACCCCUCCCUCGGAGCGAGUGGAUGUCGGCUGCGGAGGAAUUAGCUGAUCUUCGAAGAAGUGAAGAUCAAGAGGAUUUCGAAGAUCCAACUAGGUAUAUAUUUGAAUCUGACGCCACUGCCAUUCGCACAUUCAUCCGCGAAAUGGUUACGCAAUCCAUAAUACCCACGAUGGAACGCCAUGUGUCGGUAUGGAAUGACCAAGUGGCCUCGCGCCGAAGAGGUCUUGCUGGUCGGUUUGUUGGCUUGACGAAGCGAUGGGGUUUUGGAAGCAACCCUAGAUCAUCAGUUCUGGGACAGAGCUCGGGGAGCAAUUAUGAUUCACUCGGGUUUUAUCGCCAAGACGCUGCCGAAGCCAUAAUGCGGAAGUUGGCCGAUUACGCUUUCAUGCUACGAGACUGGAAGUUGGCCCAUUCCACAUACGAACUUCUACGUACCGAUUUCAAUAAUGACAAAGCGUGGAGAUACCACGCCGCGGCGAGCGAGAUGUCUGCCAUCAGUCUCCUCAUCAUGCCCCAAAAUCUAUCAGCUAGAUCCAGAGCCGAAACUAUAGAUACCGCAUUCGAAGCCGCUCUUUAUUCAUAUAUCACACGUUGCGGCGCGCCAUACGGCGCCCUUCGAUGUCUUGCUCUUGGAAUGGAACUCUUACGGCUGCGCGGUGGCUCGAACAUCGAUAGCGCUGCAAAGUGGGGAAUCCGACUCCUGGAGAGCAGGAUAUUAGGCCCCAUAGGGGAUGCUUUGAUCAAAGAGCGCCUGGCGGUCUGUUAUGCGUCUAAGCAGGGUAUGGGGACGCACCUCUGGGGUGGCAGGCGGAGGAAGUCAGCGCUGUGGAGCGCGCUCGGUGCCGAGGCUUGGGUAAUGCAGUCGAAAUACAUUCAGGCGCAGCGAUGUCUAAAUGAGGCGCGCAAGACGUACUCGGACCUUCCAAGUGGGAACGGCAUUGACAAGUUCAACUAUGCCGGCGCGUUCCUGCUCGGUAUCGGAAAACAGCUUAACGAAAAUCUCGAAUCAGGUGACCAAGAUGACGACGCAGAUAGUAAUGACAAGAGUGACGCAGUGGACGAAGAGAGCGAGGCUCUGGAUAUGAGGGGAAGGCGCAUUAGCACGUUGGGGGUCCCUGGGGGCGCAACAGGAGCGGGCUUGGAGACGGCGCCGCUGAAAGCACAGCUCGACGCGUCGGAAGAACAGGAUACAGGCGAGGCUAAGGAUGAUUUUGGUUAGGGCUAGGUUGAGUUAGGUAGGCAGUUUAGACGGAUGGACAGGCGGCGUGGCUCAUGCUAGAGAAAGAAGUAAAACUCCUGAAGGUUAGGCACCUGUAACUGUCGGGUGUCUACCUAUUUGUAUGAGGGUAAUUAGGGGAAUGAUUACCUACUUCUGUUGUAAUGAAAUGUAGGUUCUCGCUGGAGAGCCCUUUUGAGUUUUACGAACAAAUAGGUAUUCGUAUUCGUAUGGAUUGCUCAGUAAAGGUGUGGGUUCUUUGACGAAUGAAGGAGAAUAGGAUGUAGAUUUAUAGAUCCAUGAAUGAGGUUGAUAAUUCAUACAACGUAAGGUACCUUUGAUUUACUUCUUUGAGGUAGGUAGUGAUUAAGUGAAACCGGACUCUUCUAACACGAA